GCGUACUUUGCCCAGUCUCUCUCCCAAAUCCUAAUACAUCGUAUUCACGUGGGUCUCCAGAGAAAACCCCCGACACACCCACACACCCACCCUCCCUCAUCUCUCUAUCUCUCUCUCCAAUCCCCAAAACUAAUGUCUGUCUGGGGAUCAGACCUUCUUCAUCAUCAUCGUCGUCCAAGCAAAGCCUAACCAGCAUCUCCAACUCCCAAUACCAUUACCAAAGUCUCCGGCCAUGGCCACCACCAUCAACGACCUUCCCGACGCUAUUCUCAGCAACAUCAUCGCUUUGAUCUCCGACAGUCGUACCCGCAACUCCAUCUCCCUCGUCUCCCACAAGUUCCUCCAACUCGAGAGGCCAACCCGCACCACCCUCGUCCUCCGCGGCAACGCCCGCGACCUCUUCAUGAUCCCCCGCUGUUUCCGCUCCGUCACCCAUCUCGACCUCUCCCUUCUCUCUCCCUGGGGUCAUUCCCUUCUCUCCUCUUCAUCAUCUUCCUACGAUCCCCACCUUCUCGCUUACCUUCUCCGCCAAGCCUUUCCCUCCGUCACAUCCCUCACCGUCUAUGCCCGUUCUCCCUCCGUUCUCCAGGUCCUCCUUUCACCCCAAUGGCCCGCCUUGCGCCAUCUCAAGCUCGUCCGCUGGCAUCAACGCCCUCAUCUCCCCGUCGGGUCCGACUUCUUUCCUGUCUUUGACAAAUGCCCCUCCCUUUCCUCCCUGGACCUAUCCGAAUUCUACUACUGGUCCGAGGAUCUCCCCCCAGUUCUCCGAGCCUAUCCGGCUAUUUCGGCUUCCCUCACCAAACUCGACCUCCUCACCACGUCGUUUGCAGAGGGCUUCAAAUCCCUCGAGAUCCAAGACAUCGUGGCUGCUUGCCCCAACCUUAAACACCUCCUCUUAGCCUGCGUGUUCGAUCCGAGGUACAAUGGGUUCGUCGGCGACGAGGCUUUGUUGUCGAUAUCCAGAAACUGCCCAAAGCUCACGCUUCUUCACCUGGCAGACACUACGUCCUUGUCGAACACCCGCGGGGACCCAAACGAAGACGGGUAUAGUUCCGAGGACGCGAGAAUCAGCCGUGCGACGUUAGUGGACCUCUUCUCUUGCCUGCCUCUGCUAGAGGAGCUGGUCCUGGAUGUGUGCAAGAACGUGAGAGAUAGUGGGUUAGCGCUGGAAGCGCUUGGCUCCAAUCGUUCGAAGCUGAAGGUGCUGAAGCUGGGACAGUUUCAUGGUGUGUGCAUGGCGAUUGGGUCGCAAUUGGAUGGGAUUGCCUUGUGUCGAGGGCUGGAGUCGCUGUCGAUAAAGAACUCGGCAGACUUGGAGGAUAUGGGCUUGAUCGAGAUCGCGAGGGGGUGUGGUAAAUUAAAGAAGUUUGAGGUUGUUGGGUGCAAGAAGAUUACUGGGAAGGGACUGAGGACUUUGGCUUCUUUGCUGCGGAAGACUUUGGUUGAGGUCGGGAUUUCUGCUUGUAUAAAUCUCGAUGCGGCGGCGUCUUUGAAAGCGCUGGAGCCAGUUCGCGAUCGGAUCGAGCGGCUUCACAUAGAUUGCGUGUGGGAAAACUUGGGAGAGGAGGAUACUCAGGAAGGUGUUUAUGAUUUCGAUAUCCACGACGUGGAUGAGGAGGAGUUCGAGAAUGGACGGGUUGAAAUGGAUGGGAUGGGCAAAAGGAAGAAAUGCAAGUACUCAUCGGAAGCUUCAGCCAAGGCGGAUUGCUCGUAUAUGGCAAGCAAUGGAAAUGGGUUUUGGUUCAAGACCUGGGAGCGACUCAGGUAUCUGUCUCUGUGGAUUGGUGUUGGUGAGCUUCUGACUCCAUUGCCAAUGGCGGGUCUUGAGGAUUGUCCAAACUUGGAGGAGAUUCGGAUAAAGGUCGAGGGAGAUUGCCGGGGAAGGCACAAGCCGGCAGAGCUGGCGUUCGGGCUGAGCACACUCGCAAGGUACAACCAGCUGUCGAAGAUGCAGUUGGAUUGCGGAGACACAUUAGGUUUUGCACUGACUGCACCGUCGGGGCAAAUGGACUUGAGCCUGUGGGAGAGGUUUUUCCUGAAUGGAAUUGGGGAUUUGAUGAGUUUGGAAGAGCUUGAUUAUUGGCCACCUCAGGACAGGGAUGUUAAUCAGAGGAGUCUAACACUUCCGGGAGCUGGUUUACUUGGAGGAUGUUUUGCCCUGAGGAAGCUUUUCAUACACGGUACGGCUCAUGAGCAUUUCUUGACGUUCCUGCUAAGAAUACCAAAUCUGAGAGAUGUGCAGCUAAGAGAGGAUUACUAUCCGGCACCGGAGAACGACAUGAGUACAGAGAUGAGGGUGGACUCUUGCAGUCGGUUUGAGGAUGCAUUGAACAGCCGCCCCAUCCUUGAUUGAAAGGAGUUUUAGGAAUGGAUUGACACUUUUUUGAUCAAGAGAGAACCAAAUUGUACUGGAUGUUGUAACAUGUAUGAGUUUCAAACCCAUGUUUUUGUUGUCAGACAACUUUUGUAUCUACUCUUUUUAUCCGGCCAUGUAACACGUUGGGUGCAAUAACGGAGAUUUGCUGUUUUCAACAGAUAUAAUAGAAAUAAACCCAUUUCAUUCGCUGAGCA